GGCAGGUGGGCAAAAGCGAUCAAGCAUUUUAGUGUGGCUAGUGCGUUAAAACAAACCCCGGAUUUGCGAAUUCCCUGCCCCGAUUUUCAACAAUCAUUCCAGCAAGCAAAAAUCGCGCGCGCGUGUGUGAAUAUCCCUCCCCCCGGGUGGCAAAACAUUAAGGAAGAAAAGAUACUGUUUCUUUUUUGAGCAUCGCGUCCCGUCCCAGCUUCUUCCUUUUGCGGUGGGUUUCGGUGUUCUAGGCCAGCACAAGCGAACCAACACAGCUGCAAGCCGCACACGCACACAAUUUUCGCAUGGUUCCUCGCUUUCAUCGGAUGGUUUCGGUGCGUUGGCGAUUCGUGUCGAUCCGUGGGGAGCAGCUGCUGCCGCUGGCGGAUGUUCUCACCUGCACGUUGCUGACCGUAACUGCUUGACGCAGACGUGUCUUGUGCUUCGUUAGUGCUGUACUCGUUGUGUGCUCGUACGUGUGAAUGUUAGGUGUUGUCAAAAUUGUCCAUUCACCAAAAUCUGUUAGCUCCUUCGUUCAGUACCCGCGGUUUAAUUGAGCAUUGUGCGAAAGGUCCUUUAAAAAAGUACCCCGAACCCCGGGGGAGGUGUAAAUAUUAAGUUCGGUGAGCAUCGGGAAAUAGUCGCAUCUUCCCCACACCUUGGUUGUGUUGUGGGUGGCGUGCAGUGUAUGUGUGGUAGAAAAAGAAGAAAGUGAGUGGUAUAAACGCCGAAAAAUACAUACACAUAAAUCCGACAAGCAAAUUCGCAGCAUACAGACAACUGCAACACCCAAAAAAGCAACAAUCAAACUCAAUUCCAACCAGUGUGUGUUCUAUUGUCCGUGCUUUAUCAACAACACCACCGGAAUAGUCCAAUUUGGAUCCGAUUGUAUCGAGCAGUAAGGCAGACGCAUAGAACCGGAUGGGAACAGAGCAAAACAACAUGGAUAUCUUUGAGAAAGGCAACAUCAUAUACAUCAAGCGAAGCGAUGGUCGUAUCCAUACGGCGAUCGUUUCGCGGUUCCACGAAGCCACACGCUCCGUCACGGUCGAAUGGUACGAGCGGGGCGAAUCGAAGGGCAAAGAGAUCGAGAUCGAUAUGCUGCUCGAGCUGAACAAAAACAUCCAGCAUCAGCCACAGCAGCAUGCACCGGAACCGGUAGCGGAAACGAACAACGAGCGGGAAACACCCGCACCGGCCAACCUAGCACGCAAUCCGACACAAGCAAUAAUACGCUACAAUAAUAUAUUAAUGCAACGUGCCGAAUCGGGCAAAUCUGGAGUACCGUCGGCAUACAAUCGGGCCACCGUCGUCACGGGACAGUCGAACCGUCCGGAGCAGUCCGGAACCGGGCGUACAACCAAUGCCACACGGAACAUUACCAACAGCAAUCACAACGCACGUGCUACAAUAGUCAACAACCGAACAGCCGAACAACCAACGGAAUCCAGAACACAGCCAAAGGCACUGGGAAAAAUGUCUAUCAGCAGCAACACCCAACAGCAACAACAGCAGGCGGCCGCACCAGCAGCAGCCCAGCUGAACGCGAACAAUGCGGUGGCCGGUUCGAUACCGCGUAAGUCAUCCUGCGUCGUGACGGUCGGCAUGAUGGAGGAGAACCGCAUCAAGCAGCGCGACAAGUUUAAGGAGAUACGCGAAAAGAAGAAUGCGCUGAUGAGUCAGGACGGUGGUAACCCAAACUGGGAGUUUAUCAACAUGAUUCGGGAGUACCAGAACACGAUCGACUUCCGUCCGCUGGUCGAGGGCCAACCAGUCGACGUCCAUCAGAUAACGGUGUGCGUGCGGAAGCGACCGCUCAACCAGAAGGAGAUGACGCGCAAGGAGGUAGACGUGGUGUGCAUACCGAACAAGAACACGCUGAUCGUGCACGAACCAAAAGCGAAGGUCGAUCUUACGAAGUACCUCGACAAUCAGAAGUUCCGGUUCGAUUAUACGUUCGACGAAACGUGCUCGAACGAGAUGGUUUAUAUGUACGCGGCAAAACCAUUAGUACAGGCUGUGUUCGAGGGCGCGAUGGCAACCUGUUUUGCGUACGGUCAGACUGGUUCUGGCAAGACGCAUACGAUGGGUGGCACAUUUAACGGGCGCACCCAGGACAGCAAGAACGGCAUCUAUGCGCUAGCAACCCGGGACAUCUUCGAGCUACUGCAAAGCCCUAAGUACAGGUCGAACAAUCUUGUCGUGUCGGCAAGCUUCUACGAGAUCUAUUGCGGCAAUGUGUUUGAUCUCCUGUCGAACAAGAACAAGGCGCGCGUACUGGAGGAUGGCAAGAAAAAAGUACAGGUGGUUGGCCUAUCGGAGAAGGAAGUUUACUCGGUCGACGAGGUACAGGCCAUCAUCAGCAGUGGCAGCAACCUGCGAACAUCCGGCCAAACCGCAGCCAACUCGAACUCGUCCCGUUCGCACGCCAUCUUCUCGCUCACGCUUCGCGUGAAGGGUAGCGCCAAGGUGCACGGCAAAUUUUCCUUCAUCGAUCUAGCGGGCAAUGAGCGUGGCGCGGAUACCGUGUCCGAAGACAGACGCACGCGCUCGGAAAGUUCGGAAAUUAACAAAUCGCUGCUGUCGCUGAAGGAGUGCAUUCGGGCGCUCGGGCGCAAAAAGCAUCUGCCGUACCGUGGCAGCGUCCUGACGAAGGUGCUGCGCGAUUCAUUCAUCGGCAAAAACAUUCGCACGUGCAUGAUUGCGAUGAUUGCGCCAGGGAUGACGUCGUGCGAACACACGCUGAAUACGCUCCGGUAUGCCUACCGCGUGAAGGAGCUGGCCGUUAUCGAUCCGGACGAGCGAGUCGAUCCGGAAGAGGAUCUGAUCGAAGGUGACGAACCGACCAAUGGCGGUGCGCACAAUUUUAACGAUCUCGAACAGUUACGCUCACUCAACGAAAACGAAAUGACGAUGGAGUUGUACAAUCAGCAUAAGGCCAUAUCGGAUUUGCAGCAGAAGGAAGAAGAGGUACUGGAUAAUCAUCUGCGGGUAAACGAGUUUCUGGAAAAGUUCUUGCCCGAAACUAUGGAACUGUACAACCUCACGAACUUGGUAGACUACGAUCAAGAUGCCUACUGUAAGCGCGGAGAGGAGCUGUUUACGCAGCUUGCCGAAGUUGCCAACUCAUUCAAGGAUCUAAUGUCCGAGUUCCGUGCGAAACUGGCACAGGAGGAAAUGGUAUCACAAGCAGCCAAACUGAGCCAUCGCAAGUAAAACCGGCAAACUACUCCGAAGGGUGGAUCGCCUUAACCCCAUACUAAUGACUUCAACAGCAAAACAACUAAUGACAGAACCCCCUACAGGCGAUAGUCUCUGCUUGAGUCGUUUCUCUCGCAAGGAAAAAAACGAUCGAAAAAACGAAAAACGAAUUAUCUUGUGAGUGAAGAGAAUCCAAUGAAACACAAGCGAGGAUGGUAAAUUUUCAAAAUUUCUCGUUUUGUAAAGAUGCUACACGGUGCGCUUGCAGCAUCAGGAUGUUGAAAAGAAUUUUUUUCAGGACAUGUUUUAUUUUAUUUUUUUUCCUUCUAUGAUUCCUCUUCACUUUCUUCCCUCCCACUAAUAGCGUUUAAUAAAUGUACGCGCCGGUGGUGCCUGGUAGAGUUUUGAAUCUUAUAGCAAGUAAUUGAAUGGGAGGGAGAGAGAGAGAGAGAGAGAGAGAGAGAGAGAGAGAGAGAGAGAGAGAGGGAGAGAGAGAGACAUAGAGAGUGAGAGA